UUUAAAACACGCGUCCACGCCGAGCUUCUCCUAGUUAAUUUCUUCUACUGGCGCCAAUUUGACUUCGUUAGCGAUGACCAGUAUAUUAGAUACAGUAAGCUCGCGUGCUUCAAUUACUUCCAGUAUAUACUCGCGCACCCUGGAAAUUACAUUCUCCCAGCUUGCCAUAACAAACUAUAUCUAAGUUGGCGGACCCCGGAUAUCGUUAAAGACAGAGUGCCGGUCGAGGUUGCGAGCAGGAUUAGAGAAGGUAUCACGAGUACGAUGAACUCAAAUACUAGGGCAGAGUUAAGGAGACAGAUUAAUGGCCGAUGUGCAAAGAGGGCCGCGCAGUAUGAUUCGGUCACGGGU